CUAAAACCCUAAUCCCCAUCCCCAAAACCUUCACUAUCUUCUCUGUGCUCUGCUUCUUUCCUACCAACAUAGAAGCGAUGGGAAGCGACAGCGAGAUUGAAAGAACAGCGCAGAAAGAGAGGGAGAAGAAAAAAAUGUUGGCUCUCGCCCCCAUUGCCAAACCACUCGCCGGAAAAAAGCUCUGCAAACGCACCCUCAAGCUUGUUCGUCGAGCUGCGGAGCAGAAGUGCUUGAAGAGGGGGGUUAAGGAGGUGGUUAAGAGCAUUCGCCGCGGGAACAAAGGGUUAUGUGUUAUAGCAGGGAACAUAUCACCUAUAGAUGUCAUCACUCAUGUUCCAAUCUUAUGUGAAGAAGCUAACAUUCCAUACGUCUACGUACCGUCAAAGGAAGACCUUGCUAAUGCCGGAGCCACAAAGAGGCCGACUUGCUGUGUUUUGGUGCUGACUAAGCCCACCAAAGGGGAACUUGGCCAGGAGGAACAAGAAAAGCUGAAAGGAGACUAUAACGAGGUUGCAUCAGAAUUAUCCGAACUGGCUAACUCAAUGUUUUGACAAGGAGGCAUUGCACGAUGAAGUUUGUAUUCCAAAUUACAUCUCUUGGGCUUGUAAACCUCUUUUGAGCUAAUGCAUCUUUCUCUUGCACUGCUCCUUCCUCUUGGAACAUAUAUUGCCAUGAAGGUUGAUGAUUGUGUCUCAGGGUAGUUAGUGUGUUUGAAAAAUCGAAGAAUGAGGUAUAAGUUUCUUGAUGGGGUAACUGCUAUAGGAAUUUAGAUGUUAUCUCGUUAUUUUCAUCACAGGAAAAUUGAUAAAAGCGUGUGAAGACUGACUUAAUCUUAAGGCUGGACAGCAGUUGCUGCAGCCCACGUUUCUUCUUGAGUAGAAUCUUGCACUGUUAAUUUUGUA